UCUGCGAGCCGGAGGGACGGACGCACGGACGGAGCGAAAAGGGCGCCGCGGCAUUGCCGAGAGACCGACAAGUUUCUCCCCGCGCAGGCAGGAGCGAGCGAGCCGCCGCCGGACACGGGCUAGGCAUAUACAGCACCCCUAAAGAGGCCGGCCUCAGGAAAUCCCAUCUCCACAGUGUGGCCUGCUGCUCAUCUGAAAGUGAACGUGUCAGGGAAGAAGGGAAGGUGCUCAUUUUGAAGCGCAGAGAUGAAUUCCACUGCGAUCCCCAUCCAGACGGAAAUGGUAGAACUGGUGCCGAAUGGGAAACACUCAGUGUUAAAUGCCUCGUCCAUCCCCUCCAUGGGAAAUGACAGAUUUGAUGAUAACCAGGCAAAUCUGCCCGAGAGGGAAGAGUUCCUAACACAUGGUGUUGAAAAGAAACAGACCCAUUUCACAGAUUUUGAAGGCAAGACCUCCUUUGGGAUGUCCGUUUUCAAUCUCAGCAAUGCCAUCAUGGGCAGCGGAAUCCUGGGCCUGGCGUAUGCUAUGGCCAACACCGGCAUCCUCCUCUUUCUAUUCCUUUUGACUGCUGUAGCUCUCUUGUCCAGCUACUCCAUCCACUUGCUGCUCAAAUCCUCAGGGAUUGUUGGAAUCCGAGCCUAUGAGCAGCUGGGCUACAGGGCCUUUGGAACUCCAGGGAAAUUGGCAGCUGCUGUCGCUAUAACACUACAGAAUAUUGGAGCCAUGUCAAGCUACCUGUACAUCGUGAAGUCCGAAGUGCCUCUGGUCAUCCAGACCUUCCUCAACCUGGAAGAGAAAACCACGGAUUGGUACAUGAACGGCAACUAUCUGGUAAUCAUGGUCUCCAUCAGCGUCAUCCUCCCUCUGGCCCUCAUGAAGCAACUUGGUUAUCUUGGCUAUGCCAGUGGUUUUUCCCUCAGCUGCAUGGUCUUUUUCCUUAUUUCGGUCAUUUACAAAAAGUUCCAGAUUCCUUGCCCACUUCUUGACCAAGUCAAUGCUACGGUCAACCUGAAUUACACACCAGUCAGCACAAGCAGCUAUCAGAAUGACCACACUGUUGCCCAAGCGACCGAUGAAGAGAUCUGUGUUUCAAGCUUGUUCACACUCAACUCUCAGACAGCCUAUACCAUCCCCAUCAUGGCAUUUGCCUUUGUGUGUCACCCUGAGGUCCUGCCUAUUUACACUGAACUCAAAGACCCAUCCAAGAAGAAGAUGCAGUGUAUCUCCAACAUCUCCAUCACUGUCAUGUAUGUCAUGUACUUCCUGGCUGCCCUUUUUGGCUACCUCACUUUCUACGGCCAGGUAGAAUCAGAGCUACUACACACCUACAGCAGAGUGGACACAUUUGAUGUGCUGAUUCUGUGCGUGCGGGUGGCCGUGCUGACUGCUGUGACGCUGACGGUGCCCAUUGUUCUCUUCCCGGUACGCCGUGCAAUUCAGCAUAUGCUCUUUCAAGACAAGGAAUUCAGCUGGAUUCGGCACACUAUCAUUGCUAUUGUGCUUCUUACGUCUAUUAACUUGCUUGUCAUAUUUGCCCCCUCCAUCCUGGGCAUCUUUGGCCUGAUAGGCGCUACCUCUGCUCCCUGCUUGAUAUUCAUCUUCCCAGCAAUAUUCUACAUCCGGAUCAUGCCCAAGGACAAGGAGCCGACGAAAUCCCCUCCCAAGAUUCUGGCAGCCCUCUUUGCAUGCCUCGGCGUGGUCUUCAUGAUAAUGAGCCUCAGCUUCAUCAUCAUUGACUGGGCCACCGGUGGCGGGAAGAGCGGAGGCAGCCACUAGGCAAGGCCUGGAGCCUUGUGAACGCGGAUCAACGCCUCGGGAGACUAAGCUGGCUUUGAUACAUUUCCUUCCCCCUACCUCUGCUAGUACUGUAUCGUAAUUUAGUCCCCGGCUCUGUUCUGAGCCAAGGGCCGUUGUCCCGUUACUCAGUCCUCACACCCUCUACUGAGCCAGGGCGCUGCAGGCCACGCCAGAAGCCAAAUGAACAUACAAGCUGGGGAAAGGGCGGGGGGAGGGGGGCUGCCAUGGAAUCUAUGUCCAGCCCUUAUGUGCGGUAUGGCUGGCCCACACUGAGAGGGCUGGAAAGUCAGUGGCAUGAGCCGAAGGAAAUUUGAGGGGGUGGGGAGACCUUGGCUAAAGAGCUUGUGGGGGGCAGAGCUUCACCACUGACGUGGAGACUUGGGGCAGGGCCUCCUAAAGAAGCAUUAUACACAAAUGGGAAGUGAAUGCGUUUGGACAGGAAGGGUGGUCCAAAUCCAAGAAUAUUCCUUGUUUUAAAAAAGUCUUAAUGGCCACUCCGCCCACCCCAACCGUAAGGCUUUCAUCCCCCCUCGGAUGUUGCUUCUCAGCCCUGGUUUCCUUCCUGGUGGCUUUCGUCCCUCCAGCACGUUCUGCUCGGGCGUGAGCCUUAUGAACCGCCUGAUCAACGUUCCUCUCUUGAGAUAAUGCGAUGCUCGGUGCAGCGACCACCUGGGCUCUGUCAGCUCCCAUCUCUGUGCAGCAAUCUGCCCCCUGCCAUAAUGUCAUGGCCGUUGCUUAGGAAGCCCCGGGCUGUGCAGUGAGGUGGCUAGUGAUAGCGGGAGACUUCUGGGGGGUGCCAGCCUUUCUGAAUUGCCAGUUGGGAAGGGAUGCAGCUUUGUGAUGGCUUCGGUGAUGGCUGUAGCUUUUGGGGGGCCUUGGGCAAGACGCCAUCAAUGGACCUCCUCCAUCCAUAUGUCUACCUUCUCACCCCCAUUGUCACAAGCUGCUCUUGCUCUUCCUCCUCCCUCUCCUCAUUGCCACCACUUGCUUGCUUGAUAGGCAGAGAGCCGGUGAGCAAAGAGGUCCCUUGUCGACAGCGGCCACUGGGCGAACAGAACGCUGGACUAGAUGGACCCUCAGUCUGAUCCAGCAGGGAUCUGCUAAUGUUCGCAUGUAAGCAGGGAAUCUGCUUCUGCUCCUUCUCACCACCACCACCACCACCAUUGUCUGGGCCAGAGUGAGAGGCAGGUGAAAAGGCAGAGCCUGCUGGGGUGUGGUCCCUUAGCAGCAUGCCUACCCUUGAAGCUGGCCCUGGCCGGCUUCCAAAGAUCUGUUGUGCAUGCUUGAGUUACACUUGAGUAGGUGAAGCUGAGAAGGCUAGGCUGAGGUUGGCGUUUAGGGUAGCAGGUCUGCUGUGGGGAACAUUGGUCUCCCUCCUUUGAACAGGUUGAUCUUGUGUUUGGGAUGGGAAGUAGCCCUGUUGUCAGUGGCGUCAAACUGCCAUAUCUGUCUCCUUAUUCCAUUGGGAAAUGACAAGGAAUCAUCACCAAGUAUUUAGGAUGUGAUGGUCAUGACGCGUCUGUGUCCAAGGCUCCUGUUUCCUGAAAUUGUCUGCCACCUGGGAUGGUGUAAAUAGAUCUGUGACCAGAUCCUUCCAUCCUCAAGACCAUUUCCUCCCUCCCUGUAUCACAUCGCAGUGGCCUCUAUUCACAUCCACUGGCAGUUGCUGUACAUAUUGGGAAGUGUGGUCUGGCCUCCAAGCUGGUCCACCAGCCUAACCAGUCGCUAGGACUUGAUUGCUGCUAAUUUCAGUAGUUUAUAGGAGAAGAAUUCACAUCCAUUUAUUUUGUACAUACUGAUGUUGCUUUUCCUCCUAUUUGUAGCUGGGGUGAGAUUCCAAUGGAAUUGUAUUUAUAUAGCUGCCUUCCCGAGUUUGGCAAGGAUAUAUGGCCACCAUUGAUUCCCGCUUUUCCUUUGCAUAAUUUAUGUAGGAACAGGUCAACAUUCAGUGUAUCCCUGACCCUUGAGUGGUAGCGAAUUUGGAAGAACUAACGGAUCUUCCCUGACUUUACUCUCUGAUCUUGCCAUGUUUUUUUAACUAGGAAAAAAUACUCACCAUGGCUUCUUCCUAUGUCAGAGAUGGCCAUCAUGAUCUUCUUUGCAGUGCUCUGAAAUCUUUCAUGCCUCAUCUUAUUGCAGGCUUGGGAGUAGGAAUGGUAUAAAAGAAGCCAGUGGAGAUAUAAUAGCAGCAGAUGACCUAGGCACACGAGGAGGGAAAAGCAAAAAGCCCAAAGGUUUCUGGUGGGGUAUUUACUAGUGAUGUAGGAAGCUGCCUUUUACCAAGUCAGACUAUUAUCAAUCUAGCAGCAGAAGUCUUUCUUAUCACCUAUUACCUCUCAAAAGGCACUGGGCGGUUCAUCCGUCUUUUCUCCCUGAAUGGAUUUUAUCAGGUUAAAAAUAAUAA